CCCUUGGUUAUUUUGUAUCUUUACGCAAGCUUUCCUGGGUUUUGAUGAGCGGUUGCGAUUCGAAGUAAUCCAACGGCUGUGCUCUUCUGCAGCAAAACCCUUUAAAAUUAGCGAAUCAGUAUCUCAUAAGCCAAAGCCGGAAGCAAGCAAAAGCAGAAAGAAGCAGAGGCAGAACCCUUUGGAGUAUACAAAGCCCACUCUCUCUGUCUCUCUCGCGCUCUCGAAGCUAAGCUCUGUAUCAUUUCCUUUGUUCUGAAGAUUUCAUGCCGUUUUGAGCUUCUGGUACUUCGAACGACGAAUCCCAAGGUGCCGUAAAACCUUGGGUUUAGGGUUUGGGAUAUAUAGUUGGCCUGUGUGUGGAUCUGUGACCGAUCGAUCAGAGUGUAGACGACUGUGAGUUAGGGUUUCGUAGAGUAUAACACAGAAGUAUUUCACCGUCGCUGCAUGCGUUUGUGUUGAGAGAGGAGGCAAUGGCAAGUUCUUAUCCUGGAGCUGUUAGUGCUGUUCAGGUGGGGUCGUACUUUGUGGGGCAGUACUAUCAGGUUCUUCAAAAGCAACCAGAUGUUGUUCAUCAGUUCUACUCAGAAGGAAGUUCCAUUAUCCAUGUUGAUGGUGAUUCCACAGAUUCUGCUUCCAGUAUAGUGCAAAUUCAUACACACAUACUGUCACUACAUUUUACUUCAAUUGAGGUCAAGACAAUCAAUUCUAUCGAUUCUUGGAAUGGAGGUAUUCUUGUGAUGGUUUCUGGUUCUGUUAAAACAAGGGACUCCAGUGUAAAGAGGAAAUUUGUCCAGACCUUCUUUCUGGCUCCUCAGGACAAAGGUUACUUUGUUCUCAACGAUAUCUUUCAGUACGUUGAAGAUGGAGUUGUUUUUCAACAUCCUGCACCCAUACAGUCAGAAGGCAGAUAUGAUGUGCAACUGAGUGCCUCUAGCCCUCUUCCAGAGCCACCAGUUUCUGACUAUGUUUUCGAGGAAGAGGCAAGGGAGUACAUGAACUCUGUUGAUAUAGAAGAUGAUCCAGUUGACAAGUAUAGUCUCCCAGAGCAACAGGUGCAGCAAGAUUAUGAGACUGAAGUUGUGGUGGAGGAAACUCCUGCAGAGGAAACAUAUGCUUCAUUUCAAAAUGUGGUGAACACUAGUCAAGAAACACCUGCUGUUUCUGUGGAGGAACCGGUGGGAGAGCCUGAAAAGAAAACUUAUGCUUCUAUAUUGCGAGUUGCUAAAGGGCCAUCUGCACCAGCAAUAACUCCACAACCUUAUUCCAGAAGUGCUCAAGCUGCUUCAGAAUGGAAUUACACGCCUCAGCCCACUGUUGAACAAUCCAACUCUACUCUAUCUUUUGUGCCUGAGUCUGGGGCAGAAGCAGCAGAGGAAGGUUACGCGCUAGAGGAAGAAGGUGAACUGAAAUCUGUCUAUGUAAGAAACUUGCCUCCUACGGUUACUGAAGAUGAGAUCGAGCAGGAGUUUAAGAACUUUGGUCAAAUUAAACCUGAUGGGGUCUUUGUUAGGGCUCGCAAGGUGAGUUUGUCUCUCUACUUAGUGCCGCUAUAUAUGAACUUGAUAGGAGCUAAAGUAGAAAUUGGUGGAUGCAGGAAAUUGGAGUCUGCUAUGCUUUUGUUGAAUUUGAAGACCUUCUUGGCGUUCACAAUGCACUCAAGGCAUCUCCGAUUCAGUUGGCUGGAAGGCAAGUCUACAUUGAGGAGCGGAGACCAAACAGCACUGGAGCUGCUCGAGGAAGAGGAAGGGGGAGAGGCAGAGGCAGUUACCAACCUGAAGCCACAAGGGGGCGUUUUGGUGGCCGGAGUUCAGGCAGGGGUAGUUACCAGGAUGGUGGAGAUUACAGCAGAGCAAGAGGCAAUGGUUUCCAACAGCGUGGUACACGAUAAGAGAGGAAGGAUUUUAGAAGCACACAGGCAGAAGAUCAAGGGAAACAUUAUCCGAGUCUGAAGGCUUUUUGAGAUGCAGAAGAUUCCCUGUCUACUAUUUUCCUCUAGAUGGUUUCAUGAAAUUGUAUUUGUACUUUUCAGUGUCACUUACAUGAAAGUUUAUUUGGACUUAAGUCGACGUUUAUGCUUACAAGUUCUCUCCCCUUGGAUGGUUUUUAUCAUGCAAUUCAAGCGGGGAAUUUUGGGCCUUUCAAGCCCCAAGUUGUGAGGAAAUGUGAUAAGAUGUUUGUUUCAAGUUUUCUAUAUGAAGCCUUUCAGUUUUUCAU